AAGGUAGCUGGCGAAGAAGCUAGCUAACAAGAUAUAACGUUAGUAAUUAUUUGACCGGUACGAAGAGGAUCAGCACAUCUGUCGAUCGCAGUGUUUCUGUAAAACGCGCUUGGAACCGCAGACUGAAGCACAAGAAUUUCAAAUUCAGUGUAAGAGAUGGCCGACACAGAGCAAACGAGCCCGCCUCCUCGACAGGGGCCGGUGCAAUUCAUGUUAAGUAACAAGCUGGAAACGGCAAUGUGGCUGUCGCGCAUCUUUACUGUGUACUGCUCCAUUCUGUUCAUUCUGCCCAUCCUGGGACUGCCAGAAGCUGCAAAUUUCUACCAGCGCGCCCUGCUGGCCAAUGCCCUGACCAGCGCUCUGCGUCUGCAUCAGAGGCUGCCGCACUUCCAGCUGAGCCGGGCCUUCCUGGCCCAGGCCCUGCAGGAGGACAGCUGCCACUACCUGCUCUACUCCCUCAUCCUGGUCAACUCCUACCCCAUCACCAUGAGCAUUUUUCCAGUCUUUCUCUUUUCCCUGCUUCAUGCUACCUCUUACACAAAGAAGGUCCUGGAUGAGAUGGGACCGAACAGCAUGGGCUUCAUGAGAAACUUCCUGAACAAGCUCACAGCCAACCAGCAGAACAUCCUCAUGUUCAUCGCUUGCAAUGAGAUAUUCCUCAUGCCAGCCACCAUCUUCUUGCUUUUUAGUGGCCAGGGGAGCUUGCUACAGCCCUUCAUUUACUAUAGGUUUGUCACGCUUCGCUACGCGUCCAGGAGAAACCCCUACUGUCGCACCCUGUUCACAGAGCUACGGGUCCUUGUGGAGCACCUCAUCAUGAAGCCCUCGUGCCCGGCCUUUCUCAGGAGGAUGUGCCUGAACAGCAUCGCCCUCGUCAGUCGCCUGGCGCCCACCGCGGCGUAGGGAGCCCGAACACCAUACAGCGGGGUGUUGCUCUCAGACAUAUUGACAGGCGUCGGUUUGGGGUUAGUGGGGGGGUAAGGGGUUUGGCGUGAGGAGCAAGUUAACACUUUGAAUGUUUCCCCAAGGGGCAUGAGCUCCGGCUGCUGUCUAUAUUUGUGCUAAAGUGCAAGUUCCAACCCUCAGUGCACUGAGAACCAUGGCAAUUUUUACAGGCCGCUUCGGAAACCUGGCAAACAUGUAUAUCCCACCCACACACACAACACCUAUUGUAUAUUAUUAUUAUUAUUACUGAUCAUAAUAACAUCAGAACUGCAGUAAUGAUAAUGACGAUAGUUGUUAUUACUUUCAGUCUAAUGCUUAUUUGAAUAAUAAUGUUUGAUACUUGAUUGACAAGGGCUUGGUAUGAGAAGCUGUCAGUCAUUUUAGGUGCAUUUGUCCUGCGUGUAUAUUUGUAUUUGUUUCUGUUUUUGUCUGCCAACUGAAUUUCGAAGUCCGUUUUAGUUAUAUGUAGUAACUUUGCUCAGAUUUCAAGUGGAAACAGUUUGAAUCAUUUUACUGUACUCUCUAUGCCAAAGUGAUGGAACAAACCUCUUACACCGUGCACUUCUUAUACUAUAUAAAUUGUAUGUUCAAAUACAUAUACACAGUAAAUGACUCUUAGGAGUUUGGACAAAUCUCUUGUACACUAUUUUCCCUUUCAGAUUUAAUUUACUUGAAGCAUUAGAAGCAUUACAUUGAGCUUUUGAAAGAAGUACCGUAGGGAUUCAAAGAAACUGGAAGGCUUUGAAAACAUGCAUGUACAAGUUUUGAUUUGCAGUAACUCUGCAUUUUUUCCAUUCUUAAAUAUAUUUGUUUUCAGGAAAAUGAAGCGCAAAUUGUGCACUUUUGCAGGAGUCCACCUGAGAUAUGUCCUGGGAUGUGCAUAGCAAAGCAAGUGUGACAUUUGUUACUGAGGUGCAUUCACUUUAACCUUGCCCAGUGUUAGAGAUUAAUUAAUUAUAGAACUUCAUUUAGUGCAGGCAUGCUGUCAUUAGCUUUGUUCAUACAUUACACUUUUUUAAUUUAACGAUAGGCACUGUGCCUGUGGCAAGGGUGUAAAGAUAGAAGAAAAAAGACCUCUAGGCAAAAAGUAGUAAUUAAUCAAAUUUAAGACCUGUAUGCAAUAACUUUUUCCAACAUUGCUUAUUUAUUAGCUGUUUUGAUGUGUCUUUCCUGCAGUUGCAGAAAUGGCUAUUUGAAAUGUUUGUAAAAGUGCUAUAUUUCUCUUUGUUGCCAUUGUUGGGUUGACACCAAUUCUGUUUUAUUCCAUUCCAUA